AGAACCUCCGAUCAGCCAGCACCACCUGAGGAUCCCGGAAGCCGCCCCCGCAAUGGAAGAGGACCAGGAGCUGGAGAGGAAAGCAAUCGAAGAAUUGCUUAAAGAGGCAAAACGUGGGAAAACGAGAGCAGAAACGAUGGGACCUAUGGGUUGGAUGAAGUGUCCCCUCGCCAGUACAAAUAAAAGAUUUCUGAUUAACACCAUUAAGAACACGCUGCCCUCCCACAAAGAGCAAGACCCUGAGCAGAAAGAGGCCAGCAAGGAACCUGCGAAAAGCCAGAGCCAGAAAGAAGACAACCGCAAGAAGCACCGAGGCCACCCCUACACGCCCACGCUCCAGGGCCGGGGUGCGCGCGGCCACUCGCCGCACCGGAAGCGGAGCAGCCAUGACAAGUACGAGAAGCGGUCCCACCGGCGAUGAGGGGGGACCGAGGGGACAGCGCGCCGCCAGCACUGUUCCCUCCGGGACUGGGGGGCGGGGGCGCGGACCAGGGGGUUGGCGACCGGCCUCGAGCUGCAGAGCAAACGCCCGGGAGUGGGUCUUAGAGCCAUUCCUCUUGUGGUGACAAGGUGGGCCUCUGUUGCGGUGACAAGGCGGUCGGGACUCUGGGACUCGGCUCAAGGUGUCUCGGCAAGUUUCGGCCACGUUGGCAGCGUCCCGCACACGUGCGUUGUUUCUGUUCUCCCUUGUUUGGAAGUUGGUUUCAAAAUAAAUCUAAAACUUAAAGUUUUCUGAGGUUGUUAUGGCUUGUUCUAGUUGGUUUUUCUUUUCCCUCAUGUGGUACAAUUGUGGUCAUUUCUCAAGGUUUCUCAGAAAAUAAGACACUUGUAAAUCCUAUACGUUAUCGUUUUGGAGGAUGCAUUUCAAAGUCAGAAAUGAUCUGGCGGGUACCUACUUAGGAGAAGGUGUCGCCCUUCAAAGGGCUAGAAGUUUACCGAGUAGAAAUUUACCAAGAAACUCCUUGUAAGUUUUGUUUUCCUGUGAGCAAGCAGUGUAGGAAAUUCCCCCAAACAGCUUUGAAUUUGGUGUUCCUCUAUCAAUAACCAGAGGAUAAAAAAUUGGCUGUUGUCGUUUCCUUGUGCAUUCUCAAACUCCUGGGAUGAACAACUUUUCUAUAUUUAAAUUUGGGGAGUGUGGGGAGUAUGUAAGUUUUAAGUGGUGCUUUACAAAGAACCCUCCAAAGUUAAAAUUAACAAAUUAUUUCAGUGCUGUGUCUUACUGAGCGAAAGACCUAUAAUACUACUUAGUAGAGUUGUUUCAGAAAUCUUAAUUUUAAAUAAAAUAAAUAAAAGUGUGUUUACAACGUC